UUGUUAAAGUUAGGAUUGCUUUCGUUAAGCAAUGGCGGCAGAUCGUAAGAGAAAAAGAAAGAGGAGACUAACAGAGAGCAAACCAAACAAGCUUCCAGUUACCAUACCACUUGAUCUAAUCCAGGAGAUACUUCUAAGAUUACCGGCUGAAGAUCUUCUCCGAUUCCGAUGCCUUUCCAAACACUUCCGUUCACUAUUGACUGACCCAGAAUUUAUUCACAAACACGCGAUUCAGGUCAAUGAAAAACGUCGAGCCUCAGAGACUGCUCUCUGCUUUUAUCACCUUUCAUCCUCUUUACAAAAUAAAUCUUGAAAAAGCCAGCUCCAGGAUGUCUGAUAAUGCACUGAAGAAACUGCAUUGGUGGAGUAGUGAGGUAGGGCCCCAUCAAGGAAUGUUUGUGGGUUCCUGUAAUGGGUUGGUUUUUGUCAUCAAAAGAGAUGGCCCCGAUUCUUUUUAUUACAAGAAUCUUAGCUUUUGGUUGUUUAAUCCCCUUACCAGAGAGUCGUACAAAAUACCACCUUCUGCGACGAGUGGAGAAUGUUGGCCAUGGUUUCAUGGGUUUGGUUUCGAUCCCACCAGUGAAGACUACAAAAUCAUAAGAAGCAGCAAGAGUGGCGUUGAGGUUUUUUCUCUUAAAAACAACACCUGGAAAUCUGGAAAUAUUCAAGAAUUAUAUUCAUUGUUUUCUAGACAACCACAUGCAUAUACAAGGCAUGUUGCUGUAGUCCAUGGAGUUCUCCACUGGGACAUUGGACUAGUUAGCAACAAUAUUGCUUCGUUUGAUUUGGCUCAAGAGAAAUUGAGGGACAUACUGCUUCCGCAAAGUGUCGUGGCUGGCAAUGUUGGGGUGUUGCAGGGACGUUUGUGUGUAAGCUCUGUCUGUGAGCAGACAAAGAUGAUUUGUGUGUGGGUAAUGGAGGAAUAUGGUGUUACGGAAUCUUGGACGAAAUUGCAUACAAUCAAAUCGGGACAACCUUAUGAUUACUGGACACCAAUUUGCUACACGGUCAAAGGCGAAAUCAUAUUCAGUAGAAGGUCCUGGCAGAGCAGGUUGCAAAGGUAUGAUCCAAAGGAUAAUAAAUUGAGGAUUUGCCAUCUUCGAAAAGGUUUACCAAAGACGAACUGGUUUUGGAUGGCCACUUACGUGGAGACCUUAAUUUCUAUUAAACAGUUGCAAGGAAGCGAAGUGUAUGAAUUUGGUAGAGGGCAAGUAUCCGUAUGGAGCUCUACAGUGGGAGAUUUCAAAAAGAGUAACAGUUCUGUUUCAUUUGAUUUGGCUCAAGAGAAAGUGAGGGAGAUCAUGCUUCCACCAAGGGAUCAGGAGGAAAGACACUCUGUUUUUGGUCGUGUUGGCCUGUUGCAAGGACAUUUGAUUGUGAGCCGUUUCUGUAGGACGCAGAUGACUUGUGUGUGUGAAUAAUGAAGGAAUAUGGUGUUAUGAAAUUUUGGACAAAACCAGUUACAGUCAAAUUAGAAGGUUCAUAUGAACACUGGUCGCCAAUUUGCUACAAUGCUAAAGGGGAAAUCAUGUUCUGGAGAAUAUUCUUCUUCCAGAGGAGGUUGCCUGUCUAUAAUGCGGAGCUAAAAAAAUUGAGGAUUUUUG